AUGACACGCGAUGCGACCGUGCGAAGCCUCGUGACUGUCAUUCUCACAACGUCGCCGACACCAUCUGCUCCGUCAACGGAACUAGUAUCAUCAAUUCUUGAAUCAUUUGAGAGGCAUUGUCCCGCUUUGCUGGAGUGUAAUGUCGUCGUUGUUUUUGACGCUUUUGAUCAGAUAGUUCCCACUGCGCGGCUCAAGAAAGGGCAGGUUACGCCUCAGCAAGCGGCUGAUUUCAGCGCCUACAAGAGGAAUGUGAAAGAUUUGAUACUCGAUAAAUACCACCAUGAGACACCAACCACCGCGUUCACACAGCAAGAUGCCACCGCGGAGUAUGGAAGCCCAACCCCUCAAAAUACAGUCGACUAUAAGAUAACACACAGCCCCGACAAGGAAGUCACAUUUAUAGAACCAUCGCGACGUCUAGGUUUUGGUCUCGCAGUCAGGUCGGCAUUAAGAGUAACCCAAACCCCCCACGUCUGGGUCCAGCAACAUGACUGGGCACUGGUAGCAGAUCUGCCUAUCCAGCCUCUUCUGCAAAUCAUGCAAACCCACGAGUCGAACCCAGAAGCACCCAUCAAGUAUGUCUGCUUGGCUGCAGUGCGCAUGCUCUCAUAUGCCACCUCCGCAUAUGCGACUGAGAACCCAACUCUUCGAGAGUUAUCGUCAUAUCUUACUCGCGACUACGAAGCACCGUCACAUCCGGGCGUCAAAGUCCCCUUGGCGCCCAUGUAUUUCUGGCAUGAUAAGCCGCACCUUGCGUCAACGGCGCAUUAUUUGGAACGUGUGUUCCCAUCGCGACUGGCGAUGCUUCGGGGGGACUUCAUCGAGGAUAAGAUCGGGCAACGAGCUCGCGCUCAGAUGAAGGAUGGACAGUGGGCAAAAUGGGGAACCUGGGUUUACUACCCCGAAGAUGGGAAACAACUUUGCUUGAAACAUCUGCAAGGUCGAACUUGGGAGGGAACAACACGCCAAGCAGACAGAGCUGCUAUGUGGCGAAAGAAGAAUGAGGCUGCCAGAGCGCCAGAGGAGAAGUCUGUUGUCAACGAGAGCGACAUACCAUUGUUUUUCGAGGAGCAGACCCACAGCCAAUGA